UGGCAAGAAAAAAGAUAAGAAAAAUUGUAAAUUCCACGAAAAAGAAUCUCAAAAGUCUCAUAAGUCUUGUUAUCUAGGGCUUUCUUCUAGAGAUCGACAAAUUCACAGCCAAAGCAGAGAGCAGAUUCUCCAUUGAUUUUGUUUGUUCGCGAUUCUUCAGUCUCAAUGGCGUCAAACUCUAGCGACAAUUCUCAGCAAAGACCCAGGCAGAGAAACGGACCUCCUCCGCCGCGGAGACAGGGGAGAAAUCCGCCGCGUACCCAGUAUCAGCCACAACAGCAGACGACGCAGGGCGUGCAGGAGAAGAGGAAACCUGUGUUCGUCAAGGUGGAUCAGUUGUCACCAGGCACGAGCGGCCACACUUUGACCGUUAAAGUCGUCGAUCAGAAUUCCGUUCCUCAGAAGCCAGGCGCUGCCUCUUCUCAUCUCCGUCCUGCUCGGAUCUCCGAGUGUCUCGUCGGCGACGAGACUGCUUGCAUCCUCUUUACCGCUCGCAACGACCAAGUGGACUUGAUGAAACCAGGAACUACUGUGAAUCUGAGGAAUGCAAAGAUAGAUAUGUUUAAGGGAUCAAUGAGGCUUGCUGUUGACAAAUGGGGUCGCAUAGAGGUCAUCGAACCGGCUGACAUAACUGUUAAAGAGGAUAACAAUCUGUCCCUUGUGGAGUACGAGCUCGUCAAUGUCGAUGAGUAAAUGAUAUCUAACGCCAUGUCUAAUAGGGUUUUUAUUACAAGCGCCACAAUGAAUUUUGUUUUGCGGUCUGUACUGGAGCCAAAUGAAGAAGGGGACGGGAAAAUUAUGUUUAUCUUAUGAAUGAUGUUGCAAGUUUGCUAUUUAUCUACCGGUAGAUUUAUGUUGAUCUCUGGUUUUGGUGCACGAUAUAUUAUCUCGGUGUGUACUCUUUAAGUUGUGGAUGCUUUUUUGUAACCUCUGCUAUUGUAUGGUCCCUUGAACAGAGAGGUUAAUGAAAAAAACUUGGUAAAGA